UUUUUUUUUUUUUUAUUGUAUUUUUUUUUUCGGCUCGUUUCUGCUCUUUUUCGCUCUUUUUCGCUCUCUCCGUCCCACUCCCACUCUCACCCCCACCCCCUCUGCUGCUGGUGGAGCGAACGACGCUGUUCAAAAACACAUGUCCGUGUCCGAUUUCUACUAUGCCCUCGCGGGCAUCGUGCUCACCGUCAACCUGGUUGGCCUUGUGUGGUACUGGCUUCGACGAGACAUCCACCCCAUCCGCUCUCGCGGCGUUGGCUGGUCCAUCAUGUCUGGCGCAUUUGGAACGUACUGGAUUGUCGUCAACAUGUUCAAUCUGGCUGACAAGGAGCACUACCCUUGCAUGCUGUUCUCCAUCAACAGCUGCUUCAACCUGUGCCUUUGGGCAGUGCCCUACCUGCUCCGCAUGUUCACCGCUUCGUACAAGUACCUGUGGAGCAUGGAACGGCUCAACCAAAAGUCGCGCUGGUACACUGAUCACAAGUGGCUCAUUUCCGACAAGUUUAUGUUUUGUGUGUUUGCGUUCAUGACCCUGCUGCACUUCUGGGUCACGUUCGGCAUCAUGCUGGGUGUGGGGCUGGACUACUAUCGCCAGCCCAUUCUGAAUUGCGAUACGAAAACCAACACGCGGCCGCAAACGUACCUCGGCUUUGUGUACCUGGUUUCGGUGCUUGCCUUUGUCUUUGUCCUGCGCCGCCUCAAGAUCGACGAUGCCUUCUACAUUAAGCGCGAAAUGACCUGGGUUGCGGGCUUUGUCUUUCCCCUCUUCAUUGCCUUCAUCAUCUCGGUCAACGUCAAGAUUCCCGGCUACGACACGUUCAUUCUGCAAAUCCCAAUCUACUGGCUUGCCUUCAUUUUCACCAUCUACUACCCAAUCAUCCUGUCCUACAUUAGUGCCGUGCGGUUGAAGCGCACCGACUCGUUCUUCAACCUCGUCAAUGAUGCCGACUCGACCAAGACGAAUCUGAUGAUGGUCGACCUGGCGUCGCCGUCCAGCGAUGCCGCGGCCAAGGCCUCCAUUGCGUCCAACGUGUCGGAGACCCAGGAUCGUGCCACCGAGUCGGAUGUCCUGCCCGAGUCCAGCACGCCCAGCACCCCGACCGAGAAGGUUGCCGUUCAAGUCGAUCCGGCUCGCCCGAUGACCCCCAUGGAGGCUGCUCGUCAAGCCGCGCUCGCCAAGACGUCCAUGACUGCCCUUCAGUCGAGCACGUCCCAGCUGGGCGAGCCAGGCCAGGAGGUGGAGCCCCUCGCCAUCAUCAUUGAGCACCCCAUCUUCCUCGAAGCGUUCAAAAAGUUUUCCGCGCAGUGCUGGUGCUCUGAGAACAUUUUGUUCUAUCUGGACGCCAUGAACUUUAAGCACCGCCCGUUCAACCAAGCCGAGCUCGACCGCAUCCGUCGCGAGUACCUCCAGCGCAACGCGUCCUUCGAGCUCAACAUUCCCGAGUCGCUCCUCAAGACAGUCACCAGGCGCCUGGAUGCUGGCGACUGCGACUGCAACUCGUUGGAUCCGGUCAUUGCGCAAAUCCACAAGCACCUCAAGUUUGACAUUUACCCUCGUUUCCGUCUGUCCAAUCUCUUCCGCGACGCCCGACGACGUGCCAACACCCCUGCUCAUGUGUAAAAAAACGCAAAAGAGAGAGAGAAAGGGACAUUGACGACUUUGGCGCUAUUCAUUUCAUAUCUGGUCUUAGUUGCCUCCUCGCCUGUCAUUUGAGCCUUGUUGUAUGUUGAUCGUUGGUUGUAUGUUUAGUGUUGAUUGUCGUGUUAUGUGAUCUUCUUGGUUUGUGCCUGCUUGCUAUUGCUUUUCGCCCAUGCUUCUGUCUGAUAGCAGCUUUUGUGUGUCUGUGAGUGUGUGUCUCUGCGUCUGUGCUUGUGCUUGUGUUUGUGGUCUAAUAUCAUCCACUCUUACCUUUUUGAC